CCAAAGCUGGAAGUUUUCAUCCCGUUCCUGGGCAAAUACCACCGUCCGGUUUCGGGGCGCUGCUGCCAGACCUGCACCCCCAGGAGCUGGGUAGGAGAGCUGGGGAUCCGGGGAGCUGAGGAUCCCCACUCGCAGGGCUUGAUCCCGUUUCUCCUGCCAGGAUGGAUUCUACCCCGAGGAUCUUGCCGCUCUCGGGUUCCGCGAUGUGAGCCGCGUGACGGAGGCAGACACGCGGUGAGGAUGGAUGAGCCCUGUGCAGAAAACACCUGGAAAAACACUUCCCCCCCACCAUUUCACCAGAAUGCCUGUGGGAAUCCCUCUCAGUCCUCCCUGUUACUCAUUAUGGCAAACCGAGCUCAUGAAUCAAUUUUGCGAGGCUGGAAGUGGCAUCUCUGAGGGCUUGGACCGUGCUCUAGUCAUGGAAUGGGGAUUUGGGGUCAUGCCUUUAUUUGUUUGAGCAAAAAUUGGGUUCUUUGUUGGGGAGGUGGAGGGUUGUUCUUCUCCCUAGCUCACAGGGAAAAGGGAGAACAGCCACUUCCCCCUAGAAGGAAAAAUACCAGGAAAGGCAAAAUUGUGGUUAUCCUCCCUUUUCCUUUUUCAGGAGCUGCCACAGAGCCAUUUCCAGAUAUUUUUAUUUUUGAGGUGCCAGAUCACUUUAGCUCCACUCCCCUUUAGGGAGAAAUCCCUGGAUUAUCCAUUUUUUGCUUUUUUCCUUCCCAAUUCAGGUCAUUAGCCUGCAUUCAGUUCCAAGUCUUCCUAGCUUCAGCUUUGAAAUGCUUGGAAGAAUCCAUUGGGAUCAUGGGGAAUGCAGUUCCCCUGUCUCACUCCAGGCCUUUCUGCACACUCCAGGAUAUCCCAAAGCUCCCUCCCACCUUGCCCUCAGUGCAGAUUUGGGGAUAGAUUGGGAAAUUUCCAUGGUUUGGGAAUCCCAGGUUUGAAUCUCAGGUUUCCUUCCUGCUGGGCAGCCUGAAUCAUCAAUCCACCGGUGCCUCGACAUUUCCAGCUGUGAAAUGGGGAGAAAUGUCCUGAAUUUGGCAGAGAGGCAGUCUGGGGGGCUCUGAUCCUGCUGGAAAAGCCCCCCCUGCCAGGAUGUCAUUGUAUGUCCCCUUCCAGGUUCCGGGGCUGGCUGGUCCGGAGGGUCUGCGGGUUCCUUGCAGCCUGGGAAUGGAAAAUUCCAGCAGAGACCCCUGGGGAGCUUCUGGUGCGGAUCUGCAGCAGCAAGAGGGUGCAGGGUGCUGCCUCCGGCCCAGACCCUGGCUCCGAAGGGGAUGAGGGAUCUCGGCAGCGCUGGAAGGAGAAGAUCUGCCAGAUCCUGGGGGAAAUCCAGGCCCCGCUCUCUCCUCUGCUGCUGAGGCUGUGCCACUGGCUGCUCCCCAAGUUCCUGACCCGUCUGUUCCUGAGCGUGCAGCUGCACCGAGGGCAGCUGGAGAUGGUGCUGCGAGCUGCCAGGACGGUACGGAGCCCAGCCGGGCGCUGCCAGCCGCUGCAACGCUGGCAGUUCACCCCGGGACCCCUUGCUUGCAGCCCGAGGUGCCGCUGGUGUUCCUGUGCAGCUACCAGUCCCAGGUGGAUGGGCUGCUCCUGUCCUUCAUCCUCCUGUCCCAGGGGAUCGGGCUGCCCAGGGUGGCGGUGGGUGCCUGGACCAGCCCUCGCCUCAGGUAAGGCAGCGUGUGGCAUGUUCCCAGAGGAUCCAGGGGGAUGCAGGGGUUGCCCACGGUGUCCUUCCCUCGCCAGAUGCCUGCUCCAACGCCUGGGAGGGAUUUUCCUGCCUUCGGGGAGUGAGCUGGAUGAGGGGCUCCCGGGGGCUGUGCUGGAUGCGUACGUGCAGGAGGUGCUGCGGAGCCGCCAGCCCCUGGUGCUGUUCCUGGAGGAGCCCCCGACUGCCCUGUGGCUGGCAGAGCCCGCGCGGCGCUGGCUGCUCCGCCUGCUCCGCGCGCUGCGGGACGCAGCCGUGCCCGACGUCCUCCUCGUCCCGGUGGGAAUCGCCUAUGACGUGGCGCCUGGCAGAAUGGAGCAGGAUGGAGCGCCCCCUCAGCCCCUUGGGAUCGGCACGUGUCUCCAGGCAGCAUUCCAGGCCCUGCGCCGGCGCCGUGGCUGUGCCCAGGUGGACUUCUCUCAGCCCUUCUCCUUACGGGAAUUUGUGAACAACAACCUCGUCAGGCCAGUCCUCACAGAGAAUCGUCCAGAGCAGCUGCUGCUUCCCACCAUCCUGGGCAGGCGCCCGCUGGAUGUUGGGAAUGUGGGGACUUUGAGUCCCAGUUUGGGGACUGAAGAGGAGAUUUUGGUGACGGCACUGGGGCUGCACGCACUGAGUGAUUCCAGAGCUUGCUCCGCCAUCAUGGCUGUGGGCAUCACUGCGGCGCUGCUGCUCCACAGGCACCGGGAGGUUGUGCUGCUGCCCCAGCUGAUGCGGGAUUUCUCGGAGCUGCUGGAGCAGCUCCUGCUGCGGGGCUGUGCCGUGGGGUUCUCAGGGCAGCUGCGGGCGCUGGUGGGGCACAGCCUGCGGCAGCUGCAGCCCCCCCUGGCCCCGCACCUGCUGGGGCCCCCCAGGGCUGCUCUGGGGCCCCCUGAGGCCUUGGCCCGGGCACGGCUGGGGUGGCUGGCGGGGGGCGUCCGGCACCACCUGGCUGGGGAGGCCGUGGGCGCCUGUGCCAUCCGUGCCCUGCUGCUGGAGGUGCUGCCAAUCCUGGGGCACCCCUCCAGCCUCACCAGGAUCGUGCUGAGCCGGGACGAGCUGCUCCGCAAGAUCCUGGAGCUGCUGCAGCUGCUGCCUCCGACCCUGCUGGGGCUCCAGCCCUGCCAGCCUCCUGACUGCCACAGCCUGGACAUCCUGGACAAGCUCAUCCUUGGGGGACUGCUGGAGGAGGAGGAGCCAGAGAAUGAGCGCUGGGGUUGUGAUGUGGCCCCCCGGCGCUUCUUGUGGGGACAUUCCUUGGGAUCCUUCUCUGAUGACAGCGACAAUGACAGCGAGCAUGGGGUCCCCAAGCAGUGCUACAAGCUCAGUGAGCCCCAGGGCUUCCCUGGCUUCCUCCUCUUCCUCUGCCGCCUCCUGAGCCCCAUCCUGCAGACCUACUGCCGGGCUGUGGAGUUCCUGGAGCAACCCCCCUGGCCCCAGCCCGAGGCAGACUAUGUGGAGGCACUGCUGGAAUUUCUGGCCGAGGAUGAGGAUGAGGUGGCAUUUGGGGGCUCCCUUGGGAUCUCUCUCCACACAGGAUAUCCCGACAGGAGCCUGGCCCUGAGCUCCCUGCGGAGUUUCAAGGACAUGGGGGUGCUGGAGGAGCUGCAGACCCCCACUGGACCCCUCCUGCUGCUCUCCCAGCCUUUCCAGUCUGCUUCCAACCGGGAGAAGCUGGGAGCCUUUAUCCACCAGUUCACCCAGCUGUAACCCCCCCAGACCCAUAAACAGGGCACAGUGACCCAACGGCUCGUGGAUUUA